CUCAAGAAUGAGACCAAAAGGCAUUACUAUCUGGUUGUGGCUUAAAUUCUAUUUGGUACUUGAAUACAGGACAGAGACUACAUAUUGCGCCAAUCAUUGUCAGUGUUUAAGAAAACCUAUCGUUAUUUGUUCCGGUCGAGAUUUAAAUUAUAUUCCCACAAUGCCGAGCGGUACGACUGUGGUUGUAAUGAACGGGACCAAUCUAACUCACAUCGGGGAAAAUGGAUUGGUCAAUCUUACAGACCAUUCGUUAAGGGUACUUAGUUUAGAUGCAAACAAAAUCACAGCCUGGAAUAACGGUGCUGACAUUUUUCAAAACAUGACAUCCCUUAAAAGACUUAUUCUAUCAAAUAAUCAGAUUGACACUGUGAAUGAAUCUUCUUUUCCGCCUAAUAUAUUACGUUCAGUAGAUGGGAUAGAUUUGAAAUCAAAAAAGACAUGUCCGCCCUGGAAUCCCUUAUACACCAUGGCAAUUUGUAUAACUUCCUUUGGGAUAAUAAUGGUGACUUUUAUUUUUGUGGGAGUAAAAUGUCAAACAAACAUUAAAAACUAUAUCUAUUUGUGGCGAGUACAAUCUAGUAGAAAAAAAGGUUACAUCCCUUUACCGGAGGCCGACAAUUUUGAGUAUCACGCAUUUAUAGUGUAUUGUGACGCAGAUCGUUCUUGGGUUCACGAAACUUUUCUUGUAAAAAUGGAACGAGAGGAGGGCGUCAAGUUAUGCAUUCAUCAUAGGGAUUUCGAUGUUGGCGAAUCCAUUACCGAAAAUAUUGACAAAUAUCUAGAAAGAUCUUGGAAAGUUUUAAUCAUUAUAUCAAAUGAAUUUGCGAAAAGUGAAUGGUGCCAGUGGGAAGUUGACUUGGUUCAGGAAAGACGUCGAAAACAUGGACGAGAUGUUGUCUUGCUUAUUAUGUUAGAAAGUAUAGAUUCUAAACAUAUGACAAGGCGACUACGAACACUUUUAGAUAGCGCGAGCCCUAUAAUGUAUCAGAAAGGUUUCGGCGAAGUCCUCUUUUGGAAGGCUGUUACUAAAUCACUGAGGAAACCAUUAGGCGAUCCUCCAACAUCACUACUGUAA